AGUAAACCCAACAGUAUUACGCAUUCCCAUUUAAAUUCUUGUCAACACACACACAUCUGUUCCGGGAGGCUUCCUCGAGUGAGCGAUAAGCAACAAGUGCUCACCCAUUCACGACUGGACUACGCCACAGAAGGAGGAAAUUUGGAAAACAAAACUACGCUAUUAACGUUCGGUUCACCAGCUGCAAGCCCUUUGUUUAUUCUGCUGAAAUACUAGACACGAAUCAGUGCACGGAACGUGGCACUUUGGCUCGAGGGCGUGUGCAUCUGUUGUACGAGAAAGUAAACAAUUAACAGACAAGAAGAUUCUGGCUGUGGAGCGACAGCUAGGGAAACAAUUAAGAAACUUGUUUUCCCAACUGCCAGUACUCCGAUAACUGUCGCCUCAAUCGCAACGCGUACAUACCCAAUUUAUAGAAGCGCGACAAGGUAGAUCCAAUCACAAUACCAGGUAGCGACUAGCACAGAAGCACAGAAUGAUUCCCGGCUACGGACCCGUAACUCAGGCCCUGUUGGGCACCCUGCUCACCUGGGGACUGACGGCCGCCGGUGCCGCCCUUGUGAUAUUUGUGCGCGGUACGCAGAGAAGGUCGCUGGACGCGGCGCUUGGCUUUGCGGCUGGCGUGAUGAUUGCCGCCUCGUUCUGGUCCCUGCUCAAGCCGGCUAUCGAAAUGGCCGAGAGCUCGCACCUGUACGGAGUGUACUCGUUUGUACCCGUGGCAGGUGGAUUUCUGCUCGGAUCCUUUUUCGUCUACGGCUGCGACAAGCUGAUGUCCUAUUUGGGCCUGAACAGCACCAAAAUGAUGAUUCAGAUGACGCAGUCGAGCAAGGACAAGGCGGACAUUGCCAUCGAGGACCUGAAGCGGAAUGGGAACGGCGAGCGCCUCGCUUCAAAGAGUCUGGAAAGCUUUUCCGACUGUUUGAGCGUGCAGCACAGCGGAGAGUCACGUCGCCGCAAGAAGGGCAGCAUCAACGAGAUGGAGCAGUGCACCUACACCACCACCGAGGAGGAGAAGCGCGCCCAGGAGGCACUCUCGCAAUGGAAGCGCAUCAUGCUGCUGGUGGUGGCCAUCACCGUGCACAACAUUCCCGAGGGACUGGCGGUGGGCGUGAGCUUCGGAGCUAUCGGCACCUCCAACUCAUCCACGUUCGAGAGCGCCCGCAACCUGGCCAUUGGCAUUGGGAUUCAAAACUUUCCGGAGGGUUUGGCCGUCAGUCUGCCCCUGCAUGCCGCCGGCUUCAGUGUGGGCCGGGCGCUAUGGUACGGACAGUUGUCCGGGAUGGUGGAGCCCAUCUUUGGUGUGCUGGGCGCCGUGGCGGUGACGUUUGCCAACCUGAUCCUGCCGUAUGCUCUGUCGUUUGCGGCCGGAGCCAUGAUCUACAUUGUGUCGGAUGACAUCCUGCCGGAGGCCCAUGCCAGCGGAAAUGGAACGAUUGCCACGUGGGGCACUGUAUCUGGAUUUCUGAUAAUGAUGUGCCUUGAGGUGGCGCUCUCAUGAGGGGGGCAUCCCAUACCUAAACUACAAAAUGCCUGCCUCGCACCGCCACCGCAGGACUUACAAAAUAGUGUAAUGCAAGGAUUCCAUUGUACUUAACGCUUAUUCCUUUUAUGUAAAUAGAACCAGACUCGCAUGUGCGUGCAUGCAGCAUUGUACAAAUCUCAGAGGCACUUUGGCCCAGGUAGCGCUACGUGGAACGUUUCUCCUGCCUCGCGCCACCCAGCAAGCAGUUUCCCGUGAAUCGUGAAUCUAAUAAUCUAACUUAGAGUUUAAUGUUCUAUAAAUAUGCCUGACGACUGGGCUGCAGUGCAUCUGCAUCUACGAACGCAUUCCAGCGAGUUAUGUAAAUGACGUGAAGAUUUGUUGUACUAUUCUCGGAAAGAAUACAAACAGACGUGCAUGAGAAUUAGGUUUUAAGUUGUCAGCAGCGUCCAGUGACUCGUAUGUUUUUAAACCGUCUAACAUUUAAGCAAUAAAACUUGAUGUAUGCAAACGA